AUGGAGCCGAAGAACCUUCUUGAUGAUAGUUGGCAAGCGGGAGACAGAUGCUACGCGAUGUAUUCUGGGGACGAUUUGUGGUACCCCGCCAUUUUGAAGAAACAGGAGCGAAACGAGGAAGGGAUCAUUGGUUGGAUUGUGUUUUACGAAGGCCACGACGAUGAAGAAUGGCGAUCUGAAGAUAUGAUCGAAGAAACAGAGUUAUUCGAGGACAAUAGACCGGAACAGCCGGAUAAUGUCGAUCUAUUCAAAUGCGACUCCACUGAUAAACCAAAGAAGGACAAAUCCAAAAAAUCGAAGAAGCAGAAAAAAGAAUCCAUCCCUGUUCGAAAAGUGACAGAAAAACGUUCAUCUAAAAACAACGCUCCUUCACUGCCUCCACCCGAGCUGAUUCCUCCGCCGCCGCCAGGAUUGAGUGAAGAGCUUCAUGAUUUGCUAUUGAGCUGGUUUAUCGCUGGCUACAAAACUGGAACUUACUCUGCUAAAAAUCAAUAA